CGGAAGCAGUCGAGCGCCGCGUUUCGCGGCGGUCUCCCGGGUAACGGGGCCCCGGUACCGGGCCCGGUGCCCCCAUGGCCGCUCGCGGCACCGAUGCCAUUUCCUGGUACCAGAAGAAGGUGAGUGCGGCGCGGCGCGAGCGGGCGCGGGCCCGGCCGUGCCCUCAGCCCUCCUCUCCUUCUAGAUCGGGGCCUACGACCAGCAGAUAUGGGAGAAGUCCAUCGAGCAGACCGAGAUGAAGGGCUCAAAAACAAGCCGAAGAAGAAGGGUCACAUCCAGCCUGACCUGAUCGACGUGGAUUUGAUCCGAGGCUCUACGUUUGCCAAAGCCAAGCCCGAAAUCCCCUGGACGUCGCUGACUCGGAAAGGGAUUGUGAGAGUCGUGUUCUUCCCGUUAUUCAGCCAGUGGUGGAUACAGGUCACUUCCCAGCGCAUUUUUACGUGGCUCCUGGUGCUCUAUGUUAUGCAAGUCGUAGCAGUUGUGUUGUAUUUCAUGAUGCCUGUUGUCAACGCCAGCGAAGUCAUGGGACCCAUGUGCCUGAUGUUACUGAUGGGCACCGUCCACUGCCAGAUCGUGUCCACCCAGAUCAACAGACCCUCAGCAAACAACGGGCUCAGCAGGCGGAGGAGGAAGUUACGCAAAUCUGUGGGAGUCGAUGGGAACAGUUGGUCUUCUGACAAAACCAGUAAAGAAGAGCAGGCUGAAUCUGAAUCUGUUCUUAACAGUGUUUUUAGUGUGCUUUUCCGCAGGAGGAUUAGAAGAAUAAAGUUGGUAGCUGAGAAAGGGACCGAGACAGAAAAUGGCGUGGAUGCUGUGAAUAAUGACAUUAAGCACAGACAUGCCAGAUCUGAAUACAGGCCGUUGCACUUCAAAGAGAAAAAUAAACUUUCCGAUGGGGAAAAGAGCCACCAGGAUGACUGCACCAACAGGGGUGGUGUUUCCGACGAGCUCUCGAGCGAGGAGGAUGCUGAAGCCAUGGCACAAAGGAUCUUGUUACGCCAGAACGUGGAAGGGGUUUCCAGUGACAAUAGUUAUGAAGAGAAGAAAAAGAGGCCUCUUGUUUCUCUGAACCAGGCUGUCUCACAGGUCAAGCAAGCCCUGAAAGUCGCCAGAGACUCUGACAGUGUCGUGGAAUCUGAACUAGAAUCCACAUUGUAUAGUCAGGACUCGAGGUCCUGCACCAGCACGGGCUCCCGGAGCUGCAGCGUGACCCGCAGGGACUCGGAGAGCACCCGCCACGACUCCGAGACCGAGGACAUGCUCUGGGACGACCUGCUCCAUGGCCCCGAGUGUCGCUCCUCCUGCACCAGCGACAGCGAGGACACGGCCGUCAGGGGCACCCGCCGGGACCUGAAGGAAGAUGUUUUCCAGCAGAACCAUUUGUUCUGGCUGCAGAACACAAGUCCUGCCUCUGCCAAAGUGAGUGCACUCAUCUGGGAGGGGAAUGACUGUAAGAAGGUGGACAUGUCUGUGCUGGAGAUCAGCGGGAUUAUCAUGAGCAGGGUGAACGCGUACCAGCAAGGCGUGGGGUAUCAGAUGCUGGGGAACAUCAUCACCAUCGGGCUGGCGUUCCUACCCUUCCUCUACAGGCUGUUCCGUGCAGACAACCUGGAGCAGCUCUGCUCUGUUUCUCUGAUGGAGCUUCUGCACAUCUUCUGUGGAGCACCUGCCAGUGCCCCCGUCCUCGUCUUGUCUGCCAUCAACUUCCUUGAAAGACUCUGCCUGACCUGGAUGUUCUUCUUCAUGAUGUGUGUGGCUGAGAGAACAUACAAACAGAGGUUUUUGUUUGCCAAGCUUUUUAGUCACAUCACAUCUGCUCGGAAAGCCAGGAAAUACGAAAUCCCUCACUUUAGGCUCAAGAAGGUAGAAAACAUUAAGAUCUGGUUAUCCCUUCGCUCCUACCUGAAGCGACGAGGCCCCCAGCGCUCCGUGGACGUCGUCGUAUCCUCAGUCUUUUUGCUGGCUCUUUCCAUUGCUUUUAUAUGCUGUGCCCAGGUUCUUAAGGGUCACAAAACUUUUCUGAACGCAGCUUACAACUGGGAGUUCCUAAUCUGGGAGGCAGCUCUUCUUCUCUUUCUACUGCGUCUGGCAUCUCUGGGCUCUGAAACCAACAAGAAAUACAGUAAUAUUUCCAUCUUGCUCACGGAGCAGAUCAACUUGUACCUGAAGAUGGAGAAGAAGCCAAACAAGAAGGAACAGUUGUCUCUCGUGAACAAUGUUUUGAAACUCUCUACAAAGCUGCUGAAGGAAUUAGACACUCCAUUUAGGCUGUAUGGACUGACCAUGAAUCCCUUAAUCUACAACAUAACACGUGUUGUGAUACUCUCCGCUGUCUCGGGGGUUAUAAGUGAUCUCCUGGGGUUCAACAUCCGCUUAUGGAAAAUUAAACCAUGAAGGGACCAACCCUCAGCACCCGGUGUCUGCACCAGGACAGGCCAGAGAGGAUAAAGGACAGUUUGGGCAAAAGGCAGAGGUGCUCUCAAGCUGUGGAAAUCUGUGAUGGCUAUUUCGAAAUGGAUUUGUAGGUAUCCAGAGUUCUCCCUCUGCUUUGCUGCUCUACAGUGCACAGAAUAAACUGCUCCAACCCGUGAGGUCACCCCGUGGCUCACACAGCACAGAAUUAAUGGGGCCAAACGUUCCUGGUGCCGUUGCCCACAGCAGGGACUGUGUGUGGGGCAUCCAGCAGGGAAAGCCUCACAGGAUCCUCUGCAGGGACACCAGGACAGCCCCAGGUGCCUUGUUUGUGUCAGUUGGACCUUGUGCCCGUGGCAGGUGAGGCGCUGGCCCUGCUGGCUCAGCAUCAGCCUUUUCCUGAGGCCUCUGGAGCUGCACUGGAAUUUUCCAGUUUGUGCAUCCUCCUCCAGAGCUCUGCUCAGCCCGAUCCCACCCGGGGGCAUUGCUCUGCCUGCGCUGAAGAGGGUUUUCCUUAGAAGCUCAGUGUGUUUGAGGCUUUGCCUCCAUCCUGACCCGAGGCAGGACGCAGUGAGAUUGGGGCUGUGCAACGGGAAUUCUUCCUCCAGGCUGAGAGCUCAGUGACACGAGACUCCUGCGAAUAAAUGAUGGUCAUUUUUUUGGAAAGUAUUAGUUACCUGAGACCACCCUCACACCACAAACUACACCUGAUGCGUUUAUCAAUGGUGGACUGUUGUGCUGAGCUCAUGCCCUGUCACAGCUCAGCUCAGCUGCUUCUCCCCACAGCCAGCCCCCAAAAAGCUGCUGCAGCUCCAUGUCGGUGUGAUCCCAGGAUUGCUCCUGGGCCAGGAACCCCUGGGGAAGAAACUGUCCCCAGAGACAGCUCGGGGGAAGAGACACGGUGAGGAUUUCCUCACCCCAAAGUAGAUUCCUGUUUAGAAAGGGCAGGAAAGAAACAAGGUGUUUCAAAGAGGUCUGUGAAACUUGGGGGUUUUCCUGAACUGACUCCAGUGUCUUCUAUUUAUUAGUAAUGAAAAAGGCAGAAACUGAGGAACUUUUCAGAGCUUCAUUCUUUCACAUCAGGGGUCAGAUGGCGUAAGAAUUUUUGGUAGCAAAUUGUUUACAGCUAUUUUCUGUAUAUGGAAAAGUUGUAAGAUGUAAAAGGAGAUGACAAUUUUAUAUAUCAAAAUGUACAAAUAAACCUACAGUACAAGUA